UUAUCGGCAGCCAUCUUCUUGGGGGUGUUGGGAGCCGGGAAGACCCCUUGAAACGUUCCCAUUGAGCUGCCCUUCGUCUUCGCUUUCUUCACUUUUGCCUCUUCAGCGUGGCCAACAAGCACUUCGUCCCGAGACUGAGAAAAAAACCCAGGUCUUGGCGCGUGUUGCGCUCCCGGUCCGGGAAGAUUUAGCUGAGGUGCAAGGAAGGGGGAGGGCCUGGGCAAACCGUCGCUGCCUCAGCACGGGCCGGGGUCCGAGGAGGGGGAGCUCCUGGCACCCUGUGGACUCGCGGCCUGCGGCGUUCUCCGUGGAGCUGGUUGCCGAGCCGGACUCGCGGGAACCUGCCACCGGCGCCUCCCACCCGCGGCCCACGCGGGCUGCGCGCGGAGGAGGGGGCGGGGGCAGCGGCGGCUGUAGCGGCCGCGACCUGGGCGGGCGGAGGAGGAGUGUGACGGGCCUCGGGGCCGCUGUGGAUGGUUUCUAAAAUGAUCAUUGAAAACUUCGAGGCACUCAAGUCCUGGCUCAGCAAGACUCUCGAGCCCAUCUGUGAUGCAGAUCCAUCAGCCCUAGCAAAAUAUGUUCUGGCUUUAGUAAAGAAAGACAAAAGUGAAAAAGAGUUAAAGGCAUUGUGUAUUGAUCAGCUAGAUGUAUUUCUUCAGAAAGAGACACAGAUAUUUGUGGAAAAACUUUUUGAUGCUGUGAAUACAAAGAGUUAUCUACCUCCUCCAGAACAGCCAUCAUCGGGAAGCCUGAAGGUAGAAUUUUUUCAACACCAAGAAAAAGAUAUUAAAAAAGAAGAGUGUGCGGCUGCCUGGAAUGCAGACAGGAUGAGUGGAGUGGCAGCAGGAAGGAAGAAGGAGCAAGGACAAAGGAUCACAAAGGAGGAAGAGCGAGAAAAGAAGUUUUCUAGAAGAAUAAAUCACAGCCCUCCCCAGUCAAGUUCCCGAUACAGAGAAAAUAGAAGUCGUGAUGAGAGGAAAAAAGAUGAUCGUUCUCGCAAAAGAGAUUAUGAUCGAAACCCUCCUCGAAGAGAUUCAUACAGAGACCGGUACAAUAGAAGACGAGGACGGAGUCGUAGUUACAGCAGGAGUCGGAGUCGAAGUUGGAGUAAAGAGAGACUGCGUGACAGGGAUAGGGAUAGGAGCAGGACUAGAAGCAGAAGCAGAACACGGAGCAGAGAAAGGGACCUGGUAAAGCCCAAAUAUGACCUGGAUAGAACAGAUCCAUUAGAAAAUAAUUAUACUCCCGUCUCUUCAGUUCCUAACAUUUCAUCUGGCCACUAUCCUGUACCUACAUUGAGCAGUACUAUUACAGUAAUUGCACCUACUCAUCAUGGUAAUAACACUACCGAAAGUUGGUCUGAAUUUCACGAAGACCAGGUGGACCAUAACUCUUAUGCAAGACCACCAAUGCCAAAGAAACGAUGUAGAGACUAUGAUGAAAAGGGUUUCUGUAUGAGAGGAGACAUGUGCCCUUUUGAUCAUGGAAGUGACCCAGUAGUUGUAGAAGAUGUGAAUCUUCCUGGUAUGCUGCCUUUCCCAGCACAGCCUCCUGUUGUUGAAGGACCACCACCUCCUGGACUUCCUCCACCUCCACCAAUUCUUACACCCCCACCUGUGAAUCUUAGACCCCCAGUGCCACCUCCAGGUCCAUUACCACCCAGUCUCCCACCUGUCACAGAUGAUAUUUCUUAUUCUUUGGUUUUGACAGGACCACCCCCUCCACUUCCUCCUUUGCAGCCAUCUGGCAUGGAUGCUCCCCCAAACUCUGCAACUAGUUCUGUUCCUACUGUAGUAACAACUGGCAUUCAUCACCAGCCUCCUCCUGCUCCACCCUCUCUUUUUACUGCAGUUUUUGUAUUACCAGAUACAUAUGACACAGAUGGCUACAAUCCUGAAGCUCCAAGCAUAACAAACACUUCCAGACCUAUGUAUAGACACAGGGUGCAUGCACAAAGGCCUAACUUGAUAGGACUUACAUCAGGGGAUAUGGAUUUGCCACCAAGAGAAAAGCCUCCUAAUAAAAGCAGUAUGAGGAUAGUAGUGGAUUCAGAAUCAAGGAAAAGAACCAUUGGUUCUGGGGAGCCUGGAGUUCCUCCAAAGAAGACUUGGUUUGAUAAACCAAAUUUUAAUAGAACAAAUAGCCCAGGCUUCCAGAAGAAGGUUCAGUUUGGAAAUGAAAAUACCAAACUUGAACUAAGAAAAGUUCCUCCAGAAUUAAAUAAUAUCAGCAAACUUAAUGAGCAUUUUAGUCGAUUUGGAACGUUGGUUAACUUACAGGUUGCUUAUAAUGGUGAUCCUGAAGGUGCCCUUAUCCAAUUUGCAACAUAUGAAGAAGCAAAGAAAGCAAUAUCAAGUACAGAAGCAGUGCUGAAUAAUCGCUUUAUUAAGGUUUAUUGGCACAGAGAAGGAAGCACCCAGCAGUUACAAACUGCUUCCCCAAAGGUAAUGCAGCCUUUAGUCCAGCAACCCAUUUUGCCUGUUGUGAAACAGUCUGUCAAAGAGCGGUUGGGUCCAGUACCUUCAAGUAAUAUUGAACCUGCAGAAGCCCAGAGUGCCAGUUCAGACCUUCCUCAGAAUGUAACUAAGUUAUCUGUGAAGGACAGGUUGGGUUUUGUAUCAAAGCCAUCUGUUUCAGCAACUGAAAAGGUGUUAUCUACAUCUACUGGCCUAACAAAAACAGUAUAUAAUCCAGCUGCUUUGAAGGCUGCACAAAAAUCCUUACUUGUUUCAACCUCUGCAGUUGAUAAUAAUGAAGCACAGAAAAAAAAACAGGAGGCGCUGAAACUUCAGCAGGAUGUAAGGAAAAGGAAACAAGAAAUUUUAGAAAAGCACAUUGAAACACAGAAGAUGUUAAUUUCAAAACUGGAGAAAAACAAAGCAAUGAAGUCUGAAGAUAAAGCAGAAAUAAUGAAAACUUUAGAGGUUUUGACAAAAAAUAUUACUAAGUUGAAAGAUGAAGUCAAAGCUGCUUCUCCUGGACGUUGUCUUCCAAAAAGUAUAAAAACCAAGACUCAGAUGCAGAAGGAAUUGCUUGACACAGAACUGGAUUUAUAUAAGAAGAUGCAGGCUGGAGAAGAAGUCACUGAACUUAGGAGAAAGUACACAGAAUUACAGCUGGAAGCUGCAAAACGAGGGAUUUUGUCAUCUGGUCGAGGUAGAGGAAUUCAUUCAAGAGGUCGAGGGGCAGCUCAUAGCAGAGGCAGGGGUCGAGGUCGAGGUCGAGGCGUUCCUGGGCAUGCUGUGGUGGAUCACCGUCCCAGGGCAUUGGAGAUUUCUGCAUUUACAGAGAGCGAUAGAGAGGAUCUUCUUCCUCAUUUUGCGCAAUAUGGUGAAAUUGAAGAUUGUCAGAUUGAUGACUCUUCACUUCAUGCAGUAAUUACAUUCAAGACAAGAGCAGAGGCCGAAGCAGCUGCAGUUCAUGGAGCUCGUUUCAAAGGGCAAGAUCUAAAACUGGCGUGGAAUAAACCAGUAACUAAUAUUUCAGCAGUUGAAACAGAAGAAGUUGAACCUGAUGAAGAGGAAUUUCAGGAAGAGUCUUUGGUGGAUGACUCAUUACUUCAAGAUGAUGAUGAAGAAGAAGAGGACAAUGAAUCUCGUUCUUGGAGAAGAUGAUUUGACUGAUCAUUGAUCUGCAUAUGCUAGAACUCUACCUGUGUUUCAUUAGUAUUAUCUAAUGUACUUUUACAUAUUUGUAAAAACAAUUUUUGGUAAAAUGUGAUGAAGAUGGAUUUCACAAAUAGACAAAAGAGAAGAAAACUACCUUCUGAUCCUGUAUUUUGAAAGAUGGAUGUUUGCAUUUUAUUUCAGUAAACAAUUGCUAAAGGCAUCACACUAGAAACAUAUGCAAUGUUUUUAUUACAUACUUCUACUGAAAAAUACAGAAUUCCUUGGGUUCUUUGUAAUUUAAUGAAUAGGUCUGAAAACUUAUGACCAAUACUUGUUAAAUUUAGAGGAUUUUUGUUUUAUUCCAAAUAAGGAAUGAAUUUGCAUUUAAAAACUUAAUGAAUGUUUUCAAAAGUGAAUAGAUAACAUAGUAACUAAAGUCUUCAAGUUAUGUAUUCAUAAUAUUACAUAGUAGUAUGCUUAGGCUUUACUAUGUAUUAGCCUUUUGUUGGACUUGUGUAUGUAUUUUACCACAUGGGUUUUAAUGAUAAUGGUGUAUGACUGCUUUGCAUAUGAGUCCUUACGCGUUCAGAUGUUAAAAAUAAAGUGGAAUGGUCUUUUGAAAAGAAAAGAAGAGGGAAAAGAAAAAGCAAUGACCAAAAAGAAAAAGAAAAAGAAAAAGAAAAAAAAAAAAAAAAAGGCCAAGACAAUGUUCCUUGAUUUAAAAAAAAGAAAAAAAAAAGAAAAAAAAUUAAAAUAAAUAGACCAUUCCAGAUGGUGAUCUACCCUUCCCCUCAAUUAUCACAAAAGGAGCUAUAAUCACUAACUUAUCCAUAAUAAUAAUGGUUACUGGUACCUUUACAAUAAUGUACAAUCCAAUGUUUCAAAUUUAUACUACUUCAGUUUGGUUUGAUCCUAUAAAUUUUCAACAAAUGUCUUAAAAUUUAAAAGCAGGCUGAUUAGUUUGGAACCAGACUUCAAGUAGAGCUAACAUUUGAUGAAUAAGAAAACAUCACAUUACAUUUUGGAUGUAUGAAAGAAAACUUGACCAUUUGAAGAUAUAUGAAUAAAGAAAUGUACUAUAGAUACUACUUUAGGAAAACACUGUUUGGUAAGUGUUCCAGUCUGAUAUUUUAAGUGUGCAUUUCCUAUACUUGUAUAAAAAUCUUUGACAUUUGCACAAAUAUUGUGAUUUUUAGAUGAAUUUCUCUGGCAAGUGAAUGUUAACAUUGAAAGUUGACAAGUUUCCAGGAAAUAAAUGAGAUCUUUGUAGAAUGAGGGGGUGGGAGGAUACAUAUUUAUCUUUUAAAAUUCAUCAUUAUGAUUACAAGUAUUUCUGCCCCUCCUGAGAUUAUAGCCAUUAUUUAAAAAGUCCCAUUUUUCAAAUCACUUUCUUCCCAUGACUUCACAAUCACAAACUAAUUCCACCACCGCCAUAGUUUUCCUCCUAAUGGAGUAACUUAUGGAUGCCAUUCUUUUCCUUCUUUUAUCCACACUUGGGUUAAGGUUGUGUAUAUGUUCUUGAUGGUAAUACUGUUUCAUAGCAAUGUUGUAGCUUGCAAUUGGUGUACAUAUUUAUAUUUAAAAUUUCAAACUCAGACUUCAAAUGUGAAAAUAGUGACAUUCCCCCAAAACUUCUUUUCUGUACUUAGAUCUGUGAUAUAUUUUUAUAUAGUCUCUUGAAUGUUGACUAUGUGCUAUUCUGAUUCAUUAGGUAAGUGUGUUUUCUUUUCUUUUUAGUAGUCGUGAAAGGUGCCAAAUUGGCAGAGGCUCACGUUUCUUCUCUUUACACCAAACAGAGAGAGAUCAUCAUUGCCUGAAUUUAGCUUUGUGACUACAACAGCAAGACCAUGUUUCUGUCUGGAGACGACUGUUACAAUAUCAGCUUACCAAUAAAUAUGUUUUCCCUUUUUCAAUUUGAAUAGAUGUUUACAUGUACUGUAAUUAGCAUUUUAUCUUUGCAAUUCUCAAGGGUACAUCUAAGUCCAGAGUGUAACUGAGUAUUUGCUUUGUCUGACAUUAUUCUUAAAUGUUUUCCCACCUUACUUAUUAACCGUUUGUUUUUUAGACAUUUUAGGAAGGAACAAGUCCUCUUGGUUUCCUAAUAUGAGUUAGGUUCAAUCUCAGCCAAAUUGAGAAUUGUGUCUAGGGAAUCUAUAAAACCAUGAUGCUGUGUUCAUUACUUUGAAAAAUUUAGAAUUAAGAAAAUGAUUAAAAAGUUAAGCAUGGGUUUCAUUUUAAUUUUUCUGGGCUUUAGGAUUUAUUACUGGGGUUAGGAUAGCCACUUAUAAUAAUUUUGAACAGAUGAAAACAUACUUUUUACAUACUGUAAUAGCUUGCUUUUUCUUCUUCAUAUACAAACUGAAGUCAUUGCCAAGGCCACCAAUCUGAAUACUUAAAAAAAAAAUUCUUAGUUCUUCAAAACCAACAAGGAGAUUGCUUUUCUUGCAUUACAAGUAAUAACUGAUGAUCUGUGGCUUAUAAAUACUGAAAAAUCUCUAUUAAAUGUCUGAUUUACACAGUUUUUCCAUGUUUUCCUUCACUUGCAAUCAAGACAGUCUUAAAAGCAAAGGGAAAUAGUGUUGUAUGUCUAAUAUUGUUAAAGACUUGAUAGUUUUCCUGGUUUUUGAAAAAAGUGUAUGUACAGAUUACUUAUGGUUUAGAAAUUUAUAAGGACUUUAGAUUAAAUCUCAUCCUAAAUAUUGACCCAAAAUAUCCUUUUUAUAAUGGGCAUCAUAAAAAAGUUUUCACAAAAUUCAUUUCUGAGUAUUCCUUCAUAGAUUUUCAUGAGGCAUUUGAGAAGUUGGAACUUAGGCUUGGUAACACCCUUUGAUUAUACAAGUCCAAAUUAUACUUGAUUCUACUCAUCCUUGUUUUUUUAGUUCCAUCUAGUGAUGCUCAUUUUUUUGCUAUUUUAUGCAAAGUUGACUGUUCUGCAAAUACUUCUUUUCUUGAGAAUGCACUGCAUUUGUCUUCAUGAAAAAAAAGAAUAUAGUAAACACUUCAGUCAUAAUGUAAAUUAUCUGUGUUAAUCCACACUAAUUGGACACUUCUUGGAUAAUGUUAGGUUUGGUUUAAAGGACAAGUAUGCAUUUUGGAAGAUCUUUUAAUGUAAUUAUGACCUAAUAGCCUUGCAUUUUUUUUUCAUUAUUGGGGGGAGGUGGGGGGUGGUUCAGAUUUCCAAACUUUGAAAAAGUGGUGGAUCAUCCAUAACUGCUUUGCCAGAUUAGUUUGGUACUUUUUCUUUUCAAGGAAAGAUUCUCUGCCUCUAUAACCCAAAAACACAUUGUCUGAAGAGAUGAUGCUGUUAACAGUUUUGGUUGGAAUGGAUGUGGACCACAUACCAGCAUUCUCAACUUUAUUUCGUCUUUGUUAAUAUUAUUAUUUGCUUUGCAAUUAAAAACAAAAUAAAGCAAAGCAAAAUUGAACAUGUCAUCAGGAAUCAGAAGUCAAGAUGAUUUGAUUCUCAUUAAGAUCAUUGUGCUUUUUGAAAAUUGCUGUGAGAUCUAGUAAGUCAAUUACAUACUUAAAUUCCCACAUGUUGAUAAAUUAAAUAUAAGGAUAUUCAUUAAUUUCCUUGAACAGGAUUCCCAUGGAGCUAUGUAGAUAACUGUACAGGAUCAUUUUUGUGUAAUUGAAUGAAAGCAGUUUACCUCUGCAUGAUUGCAUUAUGGAAACCUUUUAUAUAUCUUUAUAUUUUUCAGUAUACUUAGAUUUUACACUAUUAACUGCUCUAGUCAUGCUAUAUUUGUUUUUUUAAUAGAGUUUAUAAGUAUAUAUGCUCAAAAUACAAAUCAACUGAAUAUUUUUGGUCUUGUUUACAAGAUGAAUAACACUUUAAAGUGACGCAGCCCCUCAAGUGUCUUAGUAACAAGUCAUUGGUGCUACAAAACCUUCCAGUGUCAUUUUUGAACCUGUUGUCUAGACUUGACUAAAAGACUUUAAUCUGUGAUCGCUUGUGACUUAUUCUAAUCUAGCAACAUAAUUAUAAAAGUGGUCUGUGGUUAGGUAAAGAACCCAGUCCACUAGAAACACCUCAUAAUUUAAAGAUAGAAUAAUGCAGAAUGACUGCAUUGCUUAUUUGUGCCCAGUGUAUCCCCCGCCUUCAGGCCCCCAAAUAUAGUUUAUUCAGUUUAUCAUUAGAUCUUUUGAUAAUAGGGUGUUAAUUUGACUAUAUUCAAAAAAUAGUUCAGCAUGGCUCAGUUUUCCCACAUUUGAAAUGGAAAUUUUUUUCUUGUCCUAAAAUAGAAUGUAAUCCUGCUCUGCUUUAAAUUUUCAUCUGCGUUUCAUUCAAAGGAGGCCCAGUGAUUCUUAAAAUAUUUACAAAACAUUUGAUGAGUUAUAAAGAAAUAUAUUAUUUACACUGUAUAAGUUUUGCAUUGAUGUAUAGAUUUUUGCAUUGAUGUAUAUAGAUUGUUGGUUUUGUCCCCAGACUUCAUUCCAGCACCCUAGUGAAUGUUCUUAAGAUACAAUUUUUAAGUAUCAGCAAAGCAUUCAUAGAUGUUUACUUUUAUUCACAGAGUCCUGAACCUGUUUUAGGUGUGAUAUUACACAGAACAUAUUUUCUGGCACAAGAUUUCCUUUAAUAAAUGGUUUAUUUUAACACAAUUUCUGUGGAUUGUUGAGUCUGAAAACACCAAAGGAGUCUUUUCUUGCCUGGAGACUGGAUUGUUCCAGUUCUAAAUACCUGUGCCCAUAAGAAUCCCAUUUCAUGAAUGUGUGUUGGCAUGGGGGGAAAAAUUCCCUGCUCUUUGAGUGGAGCGAAAGUAAUUGGUUAAGCUGUAGCAGCUUUUUUGUUUAUUUUUAAAAGUGAUAAAACUUGAACUGAAAAAGGUAAAACUUGAAAUAGAAAACUACUCUUGUAUGCUUAGAAUGUUUAUAGUAUUAAAUGUUUAUGUGGGGUUAUCAGCAUUUUUAUUUAUAGUUGAAUUAUGUUUUGUUUGUUAAAUAACCAUAAUGUUUAUUAUUUUUA